UAACAACUAUAACGACGACGUUUGAGGUUAACUUUUUGAAAAAGAUUUGCAACGAACGAUCUGAGAAAUAAUCAAAAUUCUUCGAACAACUUACGUGAAUAAAUUCGAAUAAUGAACAUUUUUUCUCAAGAAUAUUCGUCGAGGACGCGUCAUACAAUAGCGAAGAUCAUUAACCUUUUGCAUUUGGAUGACAUCAUCAAGACGAACUUAUAACUUUUUUUCUUACCUCGUUUUAAUUCUAUUGUAUGACGAAAUAGACGAUUUUUCAGGUUAAUUUUCUUUUUCUUUUUUCUUUUCAUUUCUUUUUUUACUUCCUUUUUUCUUUCUCGUUUAUGUGCAUAUCGUACACGCGUUCGCUUUGAACAGUGACAAAUAGUAUGUGAAAAUAUUUCUCAACAUUGAUAAGUUACAUUCGUGAAUUUUAACGUUAAGGAAAAAAUAUUGUAGUGACAGAGGGAAGAAAAAAAAAAGAAAGAAGUUUGUUUUGUUUCAACGUCAACUCGUUUUAUUUAUCAUGGAGGAACAAGAUACCAGUGCAUUUCAAUCUUAUACAGAGAAUAAUAACAUCUACGAGACUUAUCAAGUUGACAAGGCUGAUAAUAAUCUUUUUAAUCUUGAUGCCCUAUUGGCGGAUUUACAAAAUACUGUAUCGUCCGAAGGCAAUCACGUUAGUAGCAACGCUACACCCGGUUACGGUUCGUUAAAUGGUGCAAGAACGCAUAAUACGAAUGCAUACAGAUCGUACGAAAGUAGAACUUCACCAUUACCGUCACAAUCGCCGACUUAUCAAAAUCGUGAGGCCAUCGAGGAGACCAUCACAAAAUCUUCGAGUACAACUUAUACGCAAAACCCUAGCACUGGUGGGAAAAUGCCAUCGUUGAACAACAAUCUUUCUGAACUGGACACGUUGCUUCAAGAUUUGAGCAAUGCACGUUACAAUUCGCAUUAUCAUGAGAGAGAUAGUCACGUAUCAACGGGGGGUGUAAAUGGGGGUACGACUAGUCCAAUGCUACGCUCACCAAGUAGUAUGUCAGCCCCUCGCCCCACCGUCGAUGCUUUGCUCGAGGAACUUAACACAGCGGUGCCUAAUGGGGAUUAUCCCAGUGAUGGUAGAGUGAAGGUCACCAUACAGGAAACCUCAACAGAGAUUCAACCGGUCUAUGAUGGUUAUCCUUCGAGUCAGCAUGGUUCCUUGAAUCGAUCAGAGAUUCAACAACGUAGUUAUGCCAACGGUCAUACUGCCAGUAACGCAACGAAAGAGCUCGACGAUUUGAUGGCCUCCCUUUCCGAGUUCAAGAUCAAUAGCAGUUCUCAUCAACAUCAAACGGUGACCGAUUCUCCAUACGCUAAACCCAAUAAAGCGACUAAAAGUUCGCAAAGCCCAUUACCACCGGCUGAGGGUACACAAACGAGAAUACACAUUACAGAAACUCAAACAACACAUCAUUAUCAGCAACAACAACACGGGGAAAGUCAUACUGCACAAGCCGCGACACAAAUCAAACAGAAUCAAUUGGAUUCUAUGCUAGGAAAUCUCCAGGCAGAUAUGAGUCGCCAAGGUGUGAACACUACGCAAAAGGGAUGCUGCAGUGCCUGCGAAAAACCUAUCGUAGGCCAGGUAAUCACGGCCUUGGGUAAGACCUGGCACCCUGAACACUUCACAUGUACUCAUUGCAAUCAAGAAUUGGGUACACGUAACUUUUUUGAAAGAGAAGGACAUCCCUAUUGUGAACCUGAUUAUCAUAAUCUUUUUUCACCACGUUGUGCUUAUUGCAAUGGUCCAAUUCUCGACAAAUGUGUUACCGCCUUGGAGAAGACUUGGCACACGGAACACUUUUUCUGUGCUCAGUGUGGCAAACAAUUUGGUGAGGAAGGUUUCCAUGAACGAGAUGGAAAGCCAUAUUGUCGGGAGGAUUUUUUCGACAUGUUUGCACCUAAAUGCGGUGGUUGUAAUCGAGCAAUCAUAGAAAAUUAUAUUUCUGCAUUGAACAGUCAAUGGCAUCCGGAUUGUUUCGUCUGCAGAGAUUGCAAGAAACCGGUUUCUGGUAAAUCAUUCUAUGCUAUGGAAGGAAAACCAGUAUGUCCAAAAUGUGUUGGCGUGGAUGAGGAAGAAGAGGAAGAGGAAGAAGACUGCAGGCAAAAGUUUCAAGGGGGAUCCUUUUUUGAUCACGAAGGAUUGCCGUAUUGUGAAACACAUUAUCAUGCCAAAAGAGGGUCAUUGUGUGCUGGCUGUCAUAAACCAAUAACAGGACGCUGUAUAACUGCCAUGUUCCGAAAAUUCCAUCCAGAGCACUUUGUCUGUGCAUUUUGUUUAAAACAAUUAAAUAAGGGUACUUUCAAGGAACAAAAUGAUAAACCAUACUGCCAUGGGUGCUUCGACAAACUUUUUGGAUAAAAUCACCCGACAAAUAUCGUUAUACUUCAUACGUUCAUUAUUUACACGAUGAUCAAGUGAUAGGGCUGUCUUACUCAAGAUUUUAUCUAUAAACGAACGAAGAAAAAAGAA